AUGGACGAAGGUUUGUCACCAUUUGGGAGCUUGGGAAGGAGUACGGGCACCGCGUCUUCCAGGGUGCACAGUAUCGACGCGAUUUUGGGAUUUACCAAAGAUGAACCGGCUCCCCGUUCAACCUUCCCUUCCAGCAGGAACUCCAGGAUUGUGGAAGAAGGAGUCAAAAGCACCGGCCGGGAUUGUUGCAACAGAGCGUCAAACUCAAAGCAUGAACAAGAGAACUCAGAACGUUUUGACGAUCACUUCUGUACGAACAGCAACGGGGAAGGUCUCCGGACAGACAUAGUGAAAACCAAGCAACAUGACAACCUAUCGGACGAGGAACAACCCAAGAAGAAGCACAGGAGAAACCGGACAACAUUCACCACGUACCAGCUUCACGAGCUGGAGAGGGCGUUUGAGAAAUCCCAUUACCCGGACGUGUACAGCAGAGAGGAGCUGGCCAUGAAAGUCAACCUACCUGAGGUUCGGGUGCAGGUGUGGUUUCAAAACAGAAGAGCCAAGUGGAGGCGGCAAGAGAAGUUGGAAACCAGUGCCAUGAAAUUGCAGGAUUCGCCAAUGCUGUCCUUCAACAGAUCAUCGCAGUCUUCAGCCAUAGGCCCUCUGAACAGUAACUUAUCAAUGGAUCCUUGGCUCACUUCACCAAUGUCCAGCACAACUGCAUUACAGAACCUCCCAGGUUUCAUGACCACCACAACACAGGGCUUUCAGGGCAGCUAUACCCCUCCGCCUUUUCUAAACUCCCCAGCCUUAGGGCAUACCUUGCAACCCAUGGGCGGCAUCGGUCCCUCCACCUUUCAGUGUGGGACCCCCUAUGUGGACAAAUUUCCUCUGGAAGAUGCAGAACAGAGACACUCCAGCAUAGCUUCACUCAGAAUGAAGGCCAAAGAACACAUCCAGUUCAUUGGGAAAAGCUGGCAGACCAUCUGA